AGGAUAAACAUUUUCGUAUGCCAUGUAUGGAUGUUGNAGAAGAAAAGAAAGAUUCGGAAACCUUGCGAAUCUCGGGUUGUANAANGAGCGGUAAAGUUAAGGUGGGCGAUAUUGUUAGGAUCCAUCCAUCCCAAAUGCAACAAAGUUGGACAGUUCGUUCUAUUGNGAUGGGAGAACGCCAAGUAUCUCAAGCAGUUGUUGGAGACUGGUCUGCUUUGGUAUNGAUUGGAAGUAGCAGUGGUACAUCUCUUCGAGUGGGUCACGUGCUUGCGGACCCCAAUGCACCACUUACACAGGGUCGACAUAUUGUGGUGCAGUUGGUUGUAUUUGGUUCGGGAAAGAAACCCAUUUNAAAAGGAACGCCUGUUAUGUUACACGUUCACUGCUUUCAAGGUGUUGGUGUUCNGAUGGAAUUCAUUUCUGUUAGUAGAAAAGAUGAAGNGAGUAAGAAUAUGGUUGAGGUUCCUAAUCCUCGAUUCUNAAAGAAAGGAGAUAGAGCUACCGUUCGUAUUCGAACAGAACUUGCCAUAUUCUGUACUCCUUCUGCGANGAAUAAGAAGUUAUCUCGUAUCUGUAUACGACAGGAAAGACAUCUCAUCGCCUCGGGAGUCGUAUCCAACAUUUACUCGGAAGAAUAACUUUCAAUAUCCUUGUAAACGCACCCAACUUUUUUUUUUUUGAGAAAGAAAAUGCUAUGACAUCGGAAAACUCUGUCAAAGACAAAAAGGGAGACAAUUUGAAGAGUUGAAACCAAUGUUGAGCAGAAGAAGAGGGAGAACCCAUUGACAAGAUUCUGUAUUGAAUGAUAUCUAUAAGACAUGAGUCGUCGGAUCAUAACACUGGAACUCAAGUCCACUCAUAGCAAACAAGAAUAGAAAUGUGUUGUGAACCAGAAUACUCUUAGUACUAUUUGGACAGAUCAAGUGUAGGAAGUGAGGGGUUUAUAUAGUUUUUCGAUUGACGAUUUCAUCGUAUGUUGGCAUUCGAUACUGUACUCCUCAUCGAGAGAUACAUAAUAUCUGUCCGUCGCUGAGCUUAGUUGUAAAGGGAGUAAAGUAUUUGAGGAACGGUUGAGUAACAGAGAAAAGAAGUAACUAUCUAUUCUGAUGGUAUGCCUAAAGUGAUGCUGGGUACAAUGCACGUCAUUUUUUGGUUCUUGGUUAAAAUGGGACUCUGGUUCUUUAUUAGUGGUUUAGCAUAGUGACGAUUAAUUUCUAAGAAAUAGAGCAGUCUAGUCAGUAUGAGAGUUGGCGAGACAAGCAUUCUCCAACAUUUCGUUUAGAAGGCUAGUUUAUAGAGAAACUUUGAUGACGUGGAAUAUGUCUUCAAU